AUGCCUCCUCGUAGAGCUUACCCAUGGAAUGCUAAUGCAGUCCCUCCAGUCCCAGAGCAUGAAGUUUCGAAUGCAGAGUUUCAGAAUGCUAUCCAACUUUUGGCUCAGAGUGUGACUAAUCAGAACAAUCAGCAGACACAGGUAACCGAGAUAAUCACCCAGCGCCUCGUUGAUCCAGUUGAGCACUCAGAGUCUGUUGCUAAGAGAAGCAAAGAGAUAAUUGUCGACAUGAGGAGUAGGAUGAGUUUUUUCGUUAUUGGGUUGCCUCGUCUGUCAAAUAAGGAAAUUAAGGCAGACAUGCUGAUAGGUGACAUGGACAUAGCAGGACUGAUGCCCACUGUGCAACAGGAUGAGAAUGACAAGCUGAAGGAUGGAAAAAAGUUUAAGAAUAAAAGGGCUAAGUCAUCAGGGAAUGAAUCCAGGUAG